GUACUGACCAAGCAAAAUUAAAAAUGAGUUUUGAAUUUAAGAGUUUAUAAGAACGCCUGACUUAAUCAGAAGAAACAAACCAGCAAAGCGUAGCUUUUCCAAAGAGGAAAAAAAAAAAAAAAAAAAAAAUUGAAAAAAGAAGAAAAAAAAAAAAAAAACAUUAUGUAUAUAUAUACAUAUAAAUUUAUACAUAAAUUACUCAUUAUGCAUUUAUAUGUAUAAUUAAUUGUAUAUAUAAAUAUAUCAUUACAAACGAGAAACGAACAGAGAUUAGUAAUUCGGAAGGAAGGAAAACAAGAUAAUCCUAAGAAGAGGAAAAGCAAGAAGCAGAAAAAGGAGAGCAAGAAAAAAAAGGAAGAGCAGAAAAAGAAAAAGGAGGAAAUUGUUUUAAACAAAUAUACAUAUUCGAAAGUAUGUUAACUUAAAACACGACUAAGGAACGAGUGUUACUUUUCUUAUUUGCUAUAACACAACGAAGAAAUCAUGGAAAUAAGAGUAGCGAAUAAAUAUGCGUUAGGAAAAAAAUUAGGGAGCGGCUCUUUCGGUGACAUUUAUGUCGCCAAAGAUAUUGUAACAAUGGAAGAGUACGCCGUAAAAUUAGAAUCAACGAGGUCGAAGCACCCUCAGUUGCUGUACGAAUCGAAGUUGUACAAAAUAUUGGGAGGAGGAAUCGGAGUACCCAAAGUGUAUUGGUAUGGCAUAGAAGGGGACUUCACCAUCAUGGUUCUCGACCUCUUGGGGCCAUCUCUCGAAGAUUUGUUCACCCUUUGUAACAGAAAAUUCUCUUUAAAGACUGUCCUCAUGACAGCCGAUCAAAUGUUAAACCGAAUUGAGUACGUUCACUCCAAAAAUUUCAUACACAGAGAUAUCAAACCGGAUAACUUCUUGAUAGGAAGAGGAAAAAAAGUUACCCUAAUUCAUAUCAUCGAUUUUGGACUUGCGAAAAAGUAUAGAGAUUCAAGAUCGCAUACGCACAUUCCAUACAAGGAGGGAAAAAAUUUAACGGGGACGGCAAGAUAUGCCAGCAUAAACACACAUUUAGGCAUCGAGCAAUCGCGCAGGGACGAUAUAGAAGCCCUGGGUUAUGUUCUCAUGUAUUUCCUGCGAGGCAGUUUACCAUGGCAAGGCCUGAAGGCUAUUUCCAAAAAGGAUAAAUACGAUAAAAUUAUGGAAAAGAAAAUAUCCACCUCUGUAGAAGUCUUGUGUAGAAAUUCAAGCUUCGAAUUUGUAACCUAUUUAAAUUACUGUCGAUCUUUACGAUUUGAAGAUAGACCCGAUUAUACCUACCUGAGGAGACUCCUAAAGGAUUUGUUCAUAAGAGAGGGAUUCUCUUACGACUUUUUGUUCGACUGGACCUGCGUCUACGCGUCAGAGAAGGACAAAAAAAAAAUGUUAGAAAAUAAAAACCGUUUCGACCAAACGGCGGAUCAGGAAGGAAGAGUGAAGCAGAAUUAG